AUGACAAGUAAAGAAAAUAUAUGUGAUACUGACUUAUCAGCAACAACAAAAUUAAAAAAUAGUACAAAAGAAAGAGUUUGUAAAACAGUUUCAGAACCACCCGCACAUCAUCUUGAUAUUGAAGAUUUACUUUCUAAUCCAUCGGAUUCAAAAGAUAAAUCGAAUUUAGAUGUACUUACACAACAUAUAUUACUUGAAGGUCGUCUUACUGAACAAGCUGCACGUCGCAUUAUUGAAACCGUUUUUAAUUCGUAUCAAUUAUGUUUAUCGACUAAACUGAAUUAUUUAUUAAUCUAUCAUUUAUAUAUAGAAAUCAAUUAUUUUUAA